AUGAACUCGAAGGCCACCCCUUACAAAGCCAUGGAUGACAGCUCUCAUGGAUCUUGUUCCACCCCAAUAGCCGCCCUUACGGAGACUCGCGGAUCUGUUCAACGGGGUGUUUCCUGGCACAAACAGCCUACUUACAUGGUUCUCUUCGCCAUUCUCGGAAUCGCCUUAGCAUGCACUCAUCAUGCAAAUUGUGCUGCUUAUCCACAAUAUCUUUGGAUGUCCAUACGAAAGAAAGCAUUCACAUUAAGUACAUUGGAUAAGUUGUUUGCAUUGACGUCGGAUCCGAUGGGAUUUAUGAGCGCAGAGAUAUUCAGACAUGCACCAGUUGUGGCCCUUCUCGCAUUGGUCUAUUGGGGAAUGAGUCUUGCGGCAAUACUACCUCCUGGUACAUUGAUCAUUGUUAAUGGCCUUAUAAAUGAAACCUCUAAUGUUUCCAUGCCUGCCAUCAAUUGGUCUGCUGUCAACGCUUUUCAAGAAGAUAACGUUUCUACUGUACCUGGCACUGUUGUUAUAAACAUUGGCACAAAAGCUGCCGAGAGCUCCAACAUUGUUCCAAUUGGAGGGCCAGCGCCUAAUUCAUCUUACUCUAUCGACAUUAGAGGUCCUUACGUUCAAUGUAUGGCACCUAACGACACCGGGCAAAUUUACUUUGAUCAAUAUAUAGAGGAUCUUGCUCAGAACAACAUUUUUACUUCAACCAGCUGGACCACGCAUUACCAAAAUGCUUCUACCCUUUCCGACUCUCUUGUUCCUCCUUGGCCAUCUAUGAUCUAUCUAUCUGCCUUUGAUCCAUGGAUGUACCCCGGAAAUGAUAGCUUGGGAUGGUUGGCGAUCGGUGAAUUGGAUACUUCAUCUCCCGAUCAAUUCAAUAAUUGGGAUUUUUGUGUGUGGGCUAGUCACGGCACCAGGAACGUACGAUUCAAUUUCAUCGAUGGCACGCAGCAUAUAAGCUAUAGCAUGCUUUAUGAUGUAGUAGAUGUCAAAAUGCUAUGGACGAAUGUUCCAGGCUACCCUGGAGCUUUGGGCAACACACGUCAUCAUGACAUCGCUCCCUAUAUCUCUCUCUAUCAAUCGAUGAUUUCAAUGCUAAGUGGGAACAUAACAGCUCAAAUCGGUACAUCAAAUAUGAGGUCCUUAGCUCUGAACACUGUGCGAUUCGGCCUACCAAGCCGUGUUAUUUCCACUAGCUUAGCUGGUUGUGAUGACUUCCUUAACGCAUAUUGGAAUGAUAAUCCUCUGGUAGGAAAUGCAGAUUGCUUGCCAGCUGUGAGGGGGACCACAGGGUAUUGCGCGUGGCAAUUCUUUACAAAACCUCCAUCCGCUUGUCGUAAUCAUAGUCUGGCGAGAGGUAUUGAAGAUUUGGCCGCGAGUAUUACCAUCAGCUUAUUCAGCGAGCCCAAACUUCUUAAGCAAAACGCGACCAACGUUCCAGUUACUUUCACGAGUUCUACCAACGUCUUCUCGUAUUGCCCGAAAUAUCUUUACCCCUCAUACGGCAUCGCAAUUUUCUUCACGUGUCUUAGUACAAUCCUCGGUUUAUACGCCUUCUACGCUAAUGGUGUCGUUCACAGCACAGCACAGUCUGCCAUAAUUGCCACGACGAGGAACCCGGAUCUCGAUAUUCUUGCUGAUGAGAAUUUGGCAGCAAACACAUCAUUGAGUAAGGAUAUUAGAAAUGUAAAGUUAAGGUUGGGCGUGAGGAGGGGGGAAAGACCAGGGGAGGAGAGAGUCGCGUUGGUAGACCCGAAGAAGUGA